UGGCCAAGAAUUACAGACCUACAGAAACUUCCCUUCCUGCCAAUGACUGAGUGAGUCUUCAACUUUCUGACUUUUCUUUCUUUCUUUAUCCAUCACUUCCACAGAUGCAAUAUUUUAUGGUCAUCAUCUCUUUUAUAAUUGAGCCACCACCACCACUUCCAUGCUUCUUCUUGCAUCUGCCUCUUUCUCAUCCUUCUUCUCUCUCUCAAGGCUUUAGAAGCUAAAAGAGGAAACAAAAAGUGUGGCACUUUGAUUUCUUCUUUAAAAAAUGCAUGUCUCCCAUUCUAAAGCCUCACAAUAUUUACUUCUUUUUGUUCUUGGGAAUCUUCAGUUAUGAACGAAUCUCAAAACGCCAUUCCCCAUUUAUUUAGAUGCCCCAUCAGUUUAGACUUGUUGGAAGAUCCUGUGACUUUAUGCACUGGCCAAACCUAUGACAGAUCAAACAUAGAAAAAUGGCUUGCUCUGGGUAACCUCACGUGUCCUGUCACAAUGCAAAAGCUUCAUGAUCCAUCCACUGUUCCCAACCACACUCUUCGCCACUUGAUCGAUCAAUGGCUUCAACUGUGUCACCAAUUCGACCCUGCUAACCCUGAAGCUUCAACUAUUGACUCCUUAGCUUCUCUGAAAAGCAACAUUGAAUCCCAUGAAAGCAGCUUAGAAAACAAGUUCCAAGCACUUGGGAAAAUCAGUCUCUUAUCUGACGAGUAUUGUUCCUUUAACAAAUCAUGCUUCUUCCAAUUGGAUUUCCUACCACAGCUUUUGGAACUAGUUUUUGGAACUCAAGUGUCACCAGAAAUUGACAUGAACUUCAUAGAGCUAGCACUUUGUUGCAUUAAAAAAUUGCUGCCACUUGGUAGUUUGGAGCCUCUAAAUAUGAUCAAAGAUGGGUCUAAAUUAACCACGUUUGUGCUACUAUUUGAAAAGGGUACUAACUCGGUUAAGACUAGCUUGUGCCGUGUUAUAGAGUCAUCAUCAUCAUCCUCUGAGACAGAAGAUUUAUGUUCUACUCUUGGAAACUCUCACAAACUGGUGCACGAGAUUGUUCAAGUUGUUAAUCAAAAUUACGAGGUUUCUGGGGAUGCAAUUAAAGCCAUGUCAGCACUAUGUUCGUUGCAAUCCAACAGAGAGAGUUUGGUGAGAGGAGGAGCAAUAGAAGAAAUUAUGAGAUACAUUACAUCAGAAAGAAGAAACAUGGCACCAGUGGCAAUGAGAAUAAUAGAGAAAGUUAUGUGGCUGAAAAGUGCUAAAGAGGCAUUGGUAAAACACCCUAAUGGUGUUCAAACUAUGGUGAAUAUGGUUUUCAGGGUAUCUGAUCAAGAAUGUAGUGAGAGUGCUGUUGAAGUGCUUUUAACUGUUUGUGGUGAAUUUGAGCGUGCAAGAGAAGAAGCCAUUGAGAGUGGAGUUUUGACUCGGUUGCUCUUGCUUCUGCAGAGUCAGUGUAGUAACACAACAAAAUCAAAGGCAAGAAUGCUGCUCAAAUUGCUAAGAUCCUAGCCAAAGCAGGGUUAGACUGUCAUUUAAUAUAUAAUUAAUACAAGUGUAUGAAACAAAAUAACAAUAAUACAAAGUGGAGUUUAAUGACUAUGUGGGUCUCAUAUUGUUGCUGUGUCACUGACAUAUUCUCCGUAUAGCUGUAAUCUUUGAAUAAUUGAAUAUCAUUACGAGUUUGAAA